CUGCCUCUCCCUCCCUUCCUGCUGCUGCUGCUGCUGCAUCACCACAGCCGUCGCUUGCUAGCUAGCUAGCUUCACUACUGACUGACUGACCGGGGGGACAGGAGUGUUGUCGCCGAGUGCGUGACGCUGCAACGUGCCUCAGCAUCACAACGCGGCCGGGGGGGUUUGAAAAACGUUCACAAGUGGUCCCAGCACGAUCGCCCCUGCUCCUGCUUGUUGGGUCAUGGCCAGGCCGGAACAGGUUCUGCUCUUGGAGCCUCAGCACGAACUGAAAUUCCGAGGUCCAUUCUCCGACGUGGUCACCACAAAUCUCAAGCUUUCAAACCCUACAGAAAGGAAUGUGUGUUUCAAGGUGAAGACGACUGCCCCACGCCGGUACUGCGUACGGCCAAAUAGUGGAAUCAUUGACGCAGGCACCUCCAUCAAUGUCUCAGUUAUGCUGCAGCCUUUUGACUAUGACCCCAAUGAGAAGAGCAAACACAAGUUCAUGGUUCAGUCCAUGCUAGCGCCCCCUGAUAUGACCGACAUGGAGGGAGUGUGGAAGGAGGCAAAGCCAGAGGAGCUAAUGGACUCCAAGCUGAGGUGUGUUUUUGAGAUGCCAGCGGAGAACGAAAAGACGCACGACAUGGAGUCCAAUAAGAUGAUGUCGUCCAGCAUUCUGAAGUCCGAGUCCUCCGUGCUUUCUUCCAAGUCCAUGAGCUCCACCCUCGACGACGGCGAGGUGAAGAAGAUCAUGGAAGAGUGCAAGAGGCUGCAGAUGGAGGCUCAGAGGCUACGGGAAGAAAACAAACAGAUCAGGGAGGACGACGGUCUGCGGAUGAGGAAGAGCAACGUGAUGUCCUCCCAGCACUCCUCGGCUGGCAUGAAGAAGGAGGAAGGCUUGAGUGCCCGCUCGGCAGCCCUCAUCAUCCUCUUCUUUUUGGUGGGCGUCAUCGUGGGCAAGUUGGUGUUGUAGAGCACGGCGCAGUCUAAUGG